CACAACUCUGGUUAUUUAUGCCAUGAUAAAGUGCAUCUGGCUGCUGUUCUCCACAUUAUAUAUUCAAGAUACAGGCGCUUCAGAUAAAUGGUGCAAAGCUGACCUGUGCCGAGGACAACACGUGCUCUGCGAUGACAAUGGAAAUUUUGAAUCCACUUGUCCCAAACAAGCCGCAGCCAUGGUGAAAAUGAGCUGGGAUAUGAUAGCCCUCAUCGUGGACAAGCACAAUGAAUAUCGCAACAAGUUCGCCGGCGGAAUGGAUCAGAAUCCGAAGGCGGCAAGGAUGACCACGAUCGAAUGGGAUCCGGAACUGGCCAAAGUGGCCGACGGUCUGGUACGUCGUUGUGAGCCAAUCCGAGAUCAGUGCGCCAUAACCCCAAAUUACGGUCAUGCGGAAGUCAGCUAUUCGCUGGAAAAGUACUUCUGCAUGACCACGAAAAAGGAGGCCCUGAGGAAGCAACUCGAUCACUGGUUUGACCCCAAUAGUAAAGAUGAAGUGCAGAAGCUGUUCUUCUCAUGGACUAAAAAUCAGCAGGAACUGUCCAAAAACUACUUUCAGGUAUUGAGGGAUCGAGCUAAUCGCGUGGGCUGCGCCAUAGUUGAGUAUGUUCGGCCAGCACUGGUCCACCAGUUGCUAAAGUGCGUCUACAACUGCGGAGUGAGUCUCUGUGAGGAGGAGGAUAAUCCCGUCUACGAGGACACCGACGAAGAAGCCGCUUCAGAGUGCAUGAAGGGAAGCAAUAAGCAAUACAAGAAUCUUUGCCACAAAGAUGAGCUCGUGAAGACCUGCAAUGGUGGCUCACUUUUCGUCGAACCUGAAAAUGAUUAUAACGAUGGUCAAGAAGAGAAUAUGGAAAACGAUUAUGAAUUCGAGACCACCGUGUUCACACUUCCAACGUACGAUCCAAACGAUGUGUUGCCAACGCUACCAGACAACCCAGAUUUAAAUUUCAAUACAAUAGUUAAGGACUAGGAUCGGGAAUAAACAAGUUAUUGAAAAGUUUUGACCCUAAAUAAAAUUUCAAUUCAUUCCGAUCCAAAUGAGAUGCACAACAGUGAGU